AUGGAUCCGACAGAGCUAAAACGCGUGUUCCAAAUGUUCGACAAGAAUGGGGACGGGAAGAUCACGGGGAAGGAGCUGAGCGAGACGCUGCGGAGCCUAGGGAUAUACAUCCCCGACAAGGAGUUGACACAGAUGAUCGAGAAGAUAGACGUGAAUGGUGACGGGUGCGUGGACAUAGAAGAGUUUGGGGAGCUUUACAAGACGAUAAUGGACGGGGAAGACGAAGAGGAAGAGGACAUGAAGGAAGCUUUCAAUGUGUUUGAUCAGAAUGGAGAUGGGUUUAUAACGGUGGAGGAACUGAAGGCGGUUUUGUCUUCCUUGGGGCUCAAACAAGGUAAGACGUUGGACGAUUGUAAGAAGAUGAUUAAACAAGUGGAUGCUGAUGGUGAUGGUAGGGUUAACUACCAAGAGUUUAGACUAAUGAUGAAAGGCGGUGGCUUUUGUGCUCUUAGCUAA